AUGGCAAGUACAGGAGCAGGUUAUGAUGUGUCAGUCUCAACUUUUUCUCCAGAUGGACGAGUAUUCCAAGUAGAAUAUGCUAAUAAAGCCGUUGAUAAUAGUGGUACAGCUAUAGCCCUUAUUUUUAACUCUGGUAUUCUUUUUGCUGUCGAUAAAUAUGUAGUUAAUAAGAUGGCAGUCUCUGGAACUAAUAGACGUGUAUUCUCUUUAGGUCGUGGUAUUGGCUGCUGCAUUGCGGGUUUUGUUACAGAUUCUCAUCGUAUUGUAAAUAUUGGUCGUUCAGAAGCUGCAAAUUAUCAAAAAUUUUAUGGUGAAACAAUCCCUAUAAAGGUAUUAGCUGAACGUAUAGCAAUGUAUAUGCAUGCAUUUACACUAUAUGGAUCUGUAAGACCUUUUGGUUGCUCUAUUUUAAUAGGGGGUAUUGAUCCUAAUCAUGGGACAGAAUUAUAUUGUGUUUCUCCAUCUGGUUCAUGCUAUAAAUAUAAGGCUAUGGCAAUAGGAAAGGGACGUCAAAUAGCUCGUAAUGAUCUAGAAAAACUUAUUGAUAGUAACUUAGAUGAGAAUGAAGCAAUGUAUGAAUGUGCAAAGAUUAUUAAACAAUCCCGUGAUGAAGGUGGCAAUUUGAAUGUAGAACUAGAAUUGGCUUUAAUUGGGCCUAGCUCUAAUUCACAAUUUUCAAUUGUAUCUAAUUCAGUAACUAGAGAAGUUGAAGAGAGAGUAGAUAAAUAUUUGGAUGAGUUAACUUGUGCUGAAUGA